AUGCCCCCAAAGAAGAUUGACAAGAGGUUUUUGUAUCUCCGAGAACGAGAUCAGACCUUUUUGGGAACAACAACUCCUCGAGGGAAGGAAUUGUAUCAAUGGCCUCACGUUGAGCCCUCAGGGACGCAAAUGGCAGAGGCUGGCUUUUAUUUUACACCUACGAAACUCCGCACGGAUGAAGUUACGUGUUUUCAUUGUAAGAAAAGGUUUUCAAACAUCCACUUAGACUCCACGGAUGUCUCUGCUUGGCAUCUUGAGCAGAGCCCUAAAUGUUACUAUGCGAAAUUAUUGGUUCUGAAACUCAGCACUGAAUCACCUCCUCCGGAGUUUUCCAUUCAAGACUAUAAAGAUUUGUGCUUGAACACUUAUCAAAACUGGCCCCACGAGCAUGUUGAAGGGUUGUCAGCUGCUAGUAUGAGCGAUGCUGGCAUGUAUUACUCUCCUUCCAAUAACGGGGACGAUUCUGUUACCUGCGCACUAUGCGGAGUCGAGCUGGAUGGGUGGGAGCCAUCAGAUAACCCACAUGAAGAACAUCAAAAAAGCAAUCCCAGCUGUCUCUUGUUUGUGCCAAACGAGGCACAAGAACGGCGAGGUUCUAGAAGUGAGGCAAUUAUUGAACAAGAGAUUGAAGAUGUUUCCACACAAGAUGAGAAAGAUGACUCCUACACUUACAUAGAAUCUGAACCUGAAAUGUCUAGUCCUAUGAAAACCAAGAUUGCCUCUUCAGUUCAUAGUUUCAAAAGAAGAAGGCGGAAAAAGUAUGGAAUUGGAAACACAAGUAAUUCCAGAGAACUGGAACUCUCUGAUGACGAAUUUCACUCAUCUAGUAUUCCCCAAGUUGAUAUCACCAACGAGGAAAGUGAAAUCACCCGCAAAAGGAAGAUCGACAGUGUGACAAGAAACGUGCGUAAGCCCAAACGUUCUGCACUACUUGAUGCCUCUGAUGAUAGUAUUCAAUUCUCGGUUUCUCCGAAAAAGAACAAUAGCCAGUUAAAGAUGCUUGAAACUUCGAUGCUUGAUAAAAAGAAUAGCGAUGGUGACUGGAAAACUAAGACGCCAGAUAAUAAAGUUAGCUCAAGCCCUUCCAAACGAUCCAGUAGCCAAAGCAAUGAAGAAGGUCUCACAGGUGAAUUGAUCAACCUUCGUAAUUCGCCCCAAAUGGCUAGCAAAAAUAUAGCAACAGAAAUCCAAGAACAAAAGAAUCCCCAAACAUCCAACAGUUCUGUCAUUAAAGUAAGUCGAAACUCAUUAUUGGAAGAUGCCAAUUCCCUGGAAGAAUUGCCUGAACGAGAAGAUUCAAAUCGCAAAGGACCCUAUCAUUCUUCUCUUUACGAUGAAAGGUCCGAAAAUGUGAUUGCAUUAAAUGAUGAGGCGGAUCAAGUUAGUGAACCUUUUCCGGUUUCACCAGAAGAUAUCAUUGACGUUGACGUACCUGAUGAGGAUACACAAAAGCAGCUUGAAUCACCUAAUCACUUAGAACUCGGUUCUACUCCUUACAUAACGAACGACGUGGACACAACCGAAAAAAGCCUUCAUAGGGGACGUACUUCCAACCAAGACUUCCAAAUUGUUGAAGAUUCGCAGGCAUCAAACAACCUGAUUAUUUCAGCCACGAAAAAGGAGCAACACAUUGACAAUAACUUAAAAGACUCCAGUAUUUUCCAUAGUCAAGACACAGCGACAGAAAAGAGCAAAAACUCUCGGUCCAAAAUUACCGCAUUUAUUCUUGAGAGCUUUUCACUCCAUGGAAAUCAAGGUUUAAGCGAACAGUUGUCCAAGAAAGCUUCCAUAAAGGUUGAUGCUCUCACAAUUUCAGAGCUUAUAUCUUCUCCCAUCUUUUUGGAUAAAUUUCAGUAUAUCAAGUGCCGGGAACCGGAACAGAAAGAGAAGUAUACGUCGUAUUCAUUCUAUUACAGUCAGAUAGGACUGGGAACAUCUACCUUGAAAGCUGCCACGCACAAGCUAACAGUCAAAAUAUACUUUAGUGACCCCUCAGUAUGGCAUUUGAAAGCUGUCCGGAUGGGUAGGGAGUAUUUUUCAGAGCUAUAUGCGAAGACCAACCCAUCUGACUCAUCAGUGCUUAAAAUUCCUGUUUCAGACGCAAAUAAUGCAACAAAAGAAGAAUUAGAGGGAAUGCAGCCAAAUGAGAAAGAGGAUUGGGGGAUUGAAGAAAUGCCCAAAGAACAGUUAGAGAACGAAAAUAGGAAAGAUGGCUUAGUUUCAGAUGCAGCUCCUUUUGAUCAAGCAUUACCAAUUCCUUAUUCUCAAUCAGAGGCAGAAGCAAACGGCUCCGAAAUUGCAUCUCAAAUGAAGAAAAGACUGUCGAUUCAAACGGAUGCGUUGUCUAACCUGCCGAUUGUUGUAGAUACAGGUAAUCCAGAUAAGCUUGCAAUUACAGCUAUAAGUGAGCCUGAAGAGGACAAUGAAGUAAUGCUAGAUGAACCAAUGCCAGACAUUGGGCAGAUUGGUGAAGAAGACAUUGUUGAACCCCCCACUGAGAAUCGUAAAGCACAAAUCAUCAAUUCUCAAGAACCCAGACAACACUCACCGUUUCAACUAAAUAAAAAUGAAGUCUCCGAACCCAUGGCAGAUGAUCCAUCUAUCGUGAAGACCUCUUGUGAACCCUUAGGAUCAAAUGAGCUGAUCGAAGAAAACAUUCUUUCGGAUCAUUCUCAAAAAGACUUAAGUUCCGUUUUGUUUUCGGAAUCAAAUGAAAAGGAGGUGUCCAAUAACAUUCGGGAAUCAGUUGAAAAGCGGCUAUCUAGUAAUGAUCAGGAAUCAAAGAAUGUUUCAAUUAACGUGCAGGAAUCAACUGAAAAGCGGUUAUCUAGUACUGAUCAGGAAUCAAAAGAAAAAGAGGUGUCCGAUUACAUUCAGGAAUCAGCUGAAAAGCAGAUGUCUAAUAGUUUUCAGGAACCAAAUGAAAAAAGGAGAUCCAAUAGUAUUCAACUAUCAAAAGAAGGGGGGCAAGAGCUUGCUCUGGCUGUGGAAGAUAAGAAAGAGUCAGCUACCAACCAGAUCGUCAAUCAAGGAGUCAAGCCAAUAGUAAAAGUAUCUCAUCAGAAUGAUGAACUCUCUACAAGUAUUCCAAAACCACAGCCAGAAGAAGAAAGAAUUCUAAGUAAGUUGACAGUUCUUUCAAUGGUGAGUGAUGCAUCUGUAAAGUCAAGAGAUGCUUUCUUUGAACAUGAGAAAGUGAAGCCUAAUGAGAUUCAAGACGAUUUGUCCAGCAAAGUUACAUUACUAUCUGAAAAUUUGGCUGACAAUGCUAGUCGAAAUGUCACUGCUUCUGAUCACAAUGGCCCUCAGUGUGACAGAUCUUUAAGCACUGAUGUUAUUGAUGACACCAAGGACAAUUCUAACUCCCAGCAUCAAAAUUCAGCUACUUGCACAACUUCUUCUGAAGCUAAAACCCCUUCCAAAGUUUCUCUUCAUGACAUACCUAUCCGUGAAGGUGGUGAACAUCCAGCUGAUCAUCUAAAUCUAAACUCAUCUGGUGCAAGAAUGUCGUUUAAAACCUCACCUUUGGGACUUUCCACUUCUCCCAAUGCCUUUUUGGAGAUUGAUGCCCCAGAAUUGAAGGAGGCUAAUGAAUCAAAAUCGAAUCAACUUUGGAAAAAGUGUGAUCGUAGAGUGAUUUCCGAUUCACUUGAUCAGUUUGAUCAAAGUGCAAAAUUACUAAAGAAGAUCACCGAAAGUUCGUUCCAUGGGUUAUCAGAUGAUACAGAUGGAUUAUUGACAGCAUUUAUUGCUGAGAUGCCGGAAGAGGAGUUGAAUAUGACCAUAAGAGAAUGGUGUAUUCACAAUGCUCUCCAGAAUAAAGCUCUACUGGAAGCAACCUAUGAUAAGAUGAUUAAGAAGUUUCAAGAUGAAGCAGAAAACGCUGUUACGAUUCUAAGAGGGUUAGAAGUCGAUGAUUGA